UAAAAACACAAUUUCUUUACUUAAUAAAUUGAAUAUAUUAUAGCGGAACUAAGAAGCUAUACUUUUGUUUGUAAUUUUCAUUAAUCAUGGCUUCCAAAGCUCUGUUAUUAUUUCUACUCUUAAUUGCUUUAGUUUGCAAUCCUACUUUUGCAUUCGAUAACAGUCCUCUUCAAGAUUUUUGUGUGGCAGAUAUAACUGGUCAAGUACGAGUGAAUGGUUUUCCAUGCAAGGACCCAAAGGAAGUUCAAGCAGAUGAUUUCUUUUUUGCUGGGCUUCAUUUACCUACCAACACAUCAAACCCAUUUGGUUUAGGGUCUAACAUACUUACAGCAUCUCAGUUACCAGGUUUAAACACUCUUGGGAUCUCUUUGGCUCGUGUAGAUUUUGCACCAUUGGGUGUUAGCUCUCCACACAUACAUCCAAGGGCUACUGAAGUUGUGACCAUUCUGGAGGGUACCCUAGAAAUGGGGUUUGUGACUUCUCUUCCAGACAAUCGUCUGAUCUCAAAGGUCCUUAAUAAGGGUGAUGUGUUCGUCGUCCCUCCUGGUCUUAUCCAUUAUGCAAGAAACCCUGGAAAGAGUAAUACUGCUGGUAUUGUUGCUUUUAGUAGCCAAAGCCCAGGGUUCCUUCUCAUCCCCCAGGCAGUGUUUGGAUCAAACCAUAAUAUUUCUAGUGAUAUUCUUGCCAAGUCUUUUCAGGUUGACGAGAAUGUCAUUUCUCAAAUUCGAGCCAAGUUCUAGAAAAAUUUACUAUUACCAAACAAUUAAUAUGAGGGUGUUCACUUAAUACUUAUUGGCCUGCAAGCUAUGUAAUAUUUUAUCUCUACUAAUGGACAAUUAAAAAAACAAGAAUUUAUAAUACAUUUUAA